AUGCACGACACACCCUCAAAAUUCAUCGAGAUCCUCGAUCCCAACGACGCGCACCCGCGCAUCUCCGACUCAGACGUGCGCCUCGAGGACGUCCUCGCCGACCACGAAGCAACCAUCAGCCAGCCCCGUUCCUCCUCUACCUCCUCUCCCAAGCGCAGCCUGGACAAAGCCACUCUAAGCCGCGCCAACUCCACCUCCCCCACGCACCGCUGGAAGCGGCUCAGCAAUAUUCUUGUGCAGCAGCGCCGGAACUCUUAG